UAUGAUAAUGACAGCAAGUAUCGACCCCCAAAGAUUACACCUGCAUCAAUGGAUGAAAGCACGACUUCAAAGCAUGAGAGAAAUGCAUCAAGGAAAGAGAAACAAGCGUUCAGGCAAGCUCUGCAUAGUGAGUACGCUAGAUAUUUAAUGAAUGAUCUCGAGCGAAGCCCUGAGGAAGUGAGGGAGGUAAUCGGGACUGAAGAUAGAGAUGUGACCAAAUACAGGGCGAAAAUGGAAGAACGAGCAAGGAGAGAAGAGGCGCUCUUCACCCGAGCGCCUCUUACAAGAAUGGAUAAAAAGCGGUUGAAACACGUGUGCGAAUCAAGUAACGGGCUGCAUGGUUUAGCUUAUGGUUUUGAGGAUGAUAUCAAAUCUUUACCUCUGGAGGAUGGUGUUGAUGGGCAAAUGUCGUCUUUCAUGUAUUUAGACGGCAGAGAAAGAAAGUUCAAGAGGCGAAAGAUGGGAGUGCUUUCAGAGGCAGUUGCAGGAAAUGCUUCAUCAUAGUGAUGUAAAGGGAAGUGAAAUAAGGAAGCCAAGUGCCUCGCUUUUACGCUAUCCAAUGCCAGAUUGCAUGUGUAAGCAAGCAGCUGCUAAAACUCAACAAGAUAAGACUUGC